AAAAUUAUUCCUAAUUGGACACCAAGAUCAACCCUAAAGGAGCUCACUUUUUCCCCUCAAUAGUCUUCUUCUUCUUUAGCUCCACACUAACCCUAGAUGUUCCUCUCAGAAUCUUUCUUCAAUGCCUAUGUUGAGCUCAAUUAUCUGCAGUGAAACCUAGCUUGAGGACCCAUGUGCAAGGAGACCCCUUUGCCCUGGUUGAAGACACCCAAUUCUACGCCAUAAGAUGACCCAUUUGUGCUGAAUUCAACAUCAUGCUGUUGCCCAUUAAGCCUGCUUUGGUUGAAUAGGUAAGAGGAGGAAACCAUGGAAGGGGUUCUAUUGGCGUGUCUGAUUUCUGGGACCCUUUCUGCCGUUCUGGGGUCGGCUUCAUUUUCAAUAUUAUGGGCUGUUAACUGGCGGCCCUGGCGGAUUUAUAGUUGGAUUUUUGCCAGAAAAUGGCCAAGUAUCUUACAAGGACCUCAUUUGGGUAUGUUUUGCGGUUUUCUGUCACUUUCGGCUUGGGUGGUCGUUAUAUCUCCCGUUUUGGUGCUUAUCAUGUGGGGUUGUUGGCUAAUCAUCAUAUUGGAUCGAGAUAUAAUUGGUCUAGCAGUCAUAAUGGCUGGCACAGCUCUUUUGUUGGCGUUCUAUUCAAUCAUGCUCUGGUGGAGAACUCAAUGGCAAAGUUCAAGGGCUGUUGCUUUUCUUCUUCUUCUGGGUGUUGCUCUACUCUGUGCAUAUGAACUUUGUGCUGUUUAUGUCACAGUUGGCUCUAGUGCAUCUGAGCGAUAUUCACCUUCUGGUUUCUUUUUUGGUGUGUCAGCAAUUGCUUUAGCUAUCAACAUGCUCUUUAUUUGCCGGAUGGUCUUCAAUGGGAAUGGGUUAGAUGUGGAUGAGUAUGUACGAAGGGCCUAUAAGUUUGCAUAUUCUGAUAGUAUUGAAAUGGGCCCUUUAUCUUGUUUACCAGAACCACCGGCCCCCAAUGAAUUAUAUCCUCGACAAUUUAGUAGGGCUUCACAUCUUGGACUUCUUUACCUUGGCUCCCUUGCCAUUCUUCUUGUCUACGCUAUCCUGUAUGGUUUGACAGCAAAGGAAGCACGAUGGCUUGGUGCCAUUACGUCAGCUGCUGUUAUCAUCCUUGACUGGAACAUGGGGGCAUGUUUGUAUGGCUUUCAUCUUCUUAAAAGUCGUGUUGCUGCACUUUUUGUGGCUGGGACCACUCGAAUUUUUCUCAUUUGUUUUGGAGUUCAUUACUGGUACCUCGGGCACUGUAUUAGUUAUGCAAUUGUGGCAUCUAUGCUAUUAGGUGCUGCUGUUUCUCGCCAUUUGUCAACAACAAACCCAUUAGCUGCCAGAAGAGAUGCUUUACGGAGCACAGUGAUUCGCCUAAGAGAGGGUUUUCGCAGGAAGGAGCAAAAUAGUUCAUCUAGCUCAUCUGAAGGUUGUGGCUCAAGCAUGAAAUGCAGUAGCAGUGCUGAAGCAGGUCAACUCUCUAAUGUCAUGGAAAAUGGUAGCCAGAGUAUGCCACAAUGCACAAUUGACACUAAUAACUGGAACAGUGUUGCCAUGUGCCCAACAACCAGCUCUCAAGAAGGGAUUAAUAGUGAAAAGAGCGUAGAGAGUGGAAGACCAAGUUUGGCCUUGCGCAGCAGUUCUUGUCGUUCAGUUGUCCAAGAGCAUGAAGUUGGAAUAGCUGAUAAAAAUUUUGACCCCAGUAACUCUCUGCUGGCUUGCUCUAGUAGUGGUCUUGAUAGCCAAGGCUGUGAGUCUAGCACAUCAACUUCUGCAAAUCAACAACUGUUAGAUAUAAAUUUAGCUCUUGCAUUUCAGGAAAGGUUGAAUGAUCCUAGGAUUGCAUCUUUGCUUAAAAGAAGGGCAAGACAAGGAGACAGGGAGCUGACUAGAUUAUUGCAAGAUAAAGGAUUGGAUCCUAAUUUUGCUAUGAUGUUGAAGGAGAAGAGCUUGGAUCCAACAAUUCUUGCACUGCUGCAGAGAAGUAGUUUAGAUGCAGAUAGAGAUCAUCGUGACAAUACUGAUAUCACCAUUGUCGACUCAAAUAGUGUUGUUGAUAAUGCCCUGCCCAAUCAAAUUUCACUCUCAGAAGAACUGAGACUUCAAGGACUUGAAAGGUGGCUCCAGUUAUGUAGACUUGUCUUGCACCAUAUAGCUAGCACUCCAGAGCGAGCAUGGGUUCUCUUCAGUUUUGUUUUUAUUCUUGAAACAAUAAUAGUGGCAAUUUUUCGCCCGAAGACAAUCAAAAUUAUAAAUGCUACACAUCAACAGUUUGAAUUUGGCUUUGCGGUGUUGCUCUUAUCACCUGUUGUCUGCUCAAUUAUGGCUUUCAUUCGGUCACUUCAAGCAGAGGAUAUGGUCAUGACAUCAAAAUCCCAAAAGUUUGGCUUCAUUGCAUGGCUCCUCAGCACUUCUGUUGGAUUGCUGCUUUCCUUCCUGAGUAAAUCUUCAGUGCUUCUUGGAUUGUCCUUGACUGUCCCUCUCAUGGUGGCUUGUCUUUCUGUUGCCUUUCCUAUAUGGAUCCACAAUGGCUACCAAUUCUGGGUUCCAAGAGUUCAGUGUGCGGGUCAUGCUGGAAAUCAUCAACCUAUUGGGACAAAGCAGGGUGUAGUCCUUGUUAUUUGCAUGGUAGUAUUUGCUGGAUCUGUAUUAGCACUUGGUGCAAUGGUAUCUGCAAAGCCUUUAGAUGAUUUAGGAUACAAAGGAUUGACUGGUGAAGAGAAAAGCUUCAGUUCUCCUUAUUCAUCAUCUGUGUACCUUGGCUGGGCAAUGGCAUCUGCAAUUGCUUUGGUAGUUACUGGUGUGCUUCCGAUCAUUUCUUGGUUUGCAGCUUAUAGGUUCUCCCUCUCUUCUGCUAUAUGUGUUGGACUAUUCUCUGUCAUCCUUGUGUCAUUUUGUGGUGCUUCCUAUUUGGAAAUUGUCAAGUCCAGGAAUAAUCAGGUUCCAACAACGGGAGAUUUUCUUGCUGCUUUUCUUCCUUUGGUCUGCAUUCCAGCAUUACUAUCCCUUGGUUCUGGGUUGCUAAAAUGGAAAGAUGAUAAUUGGAGACUUUCUCGAGGUGUAUAUGUGUUUAUUAUUAUUGGCCUUCUUCUUCUGCUUGGUGCAAUUUCUGCUGUUAUAGUUGUUAUUAAGCCUUGGACGAUUGGAGCAGCAUUCCUUUUAGUACUACUCCUGAUUGUGCUAGCUAUUGGUGUUAUCCACCAUUGGGCAUCAAACAAUUUCUAUUUGACCAGAACACAAAUGGUCAUUGUUUGUUUUCUUGCUUUUCUUUUGGGGUUGGCAGCAUUUUUUGUUGGAUGGUUUCAAGAUAAACCUUUUGUUGGAGCAUCUGUUGGUUAUUUUUCAUUUCUGUUUAUCCUUGUUGGAAGAGCAUUGACAGUUCUUCUUUCACCUCCAAUUGUAGUUUACUCUCCAAGAGUGUUGCCUGUAUAUGUGUAUGAUGCUCAUGCUGAUUGUGGGAAGAAUGUCAGUGCUGCAUUUCUUAUGCUUUAUGGGAUUGCACUUGCAACUGAGGCCUGGGGUGUUGUUGCUAGCUUGAUUAUUUAUCCUCCGUUUGCUGGUGCUGCUGUAUCAGCUAUCACACUCGUUGUAGCCUUUGGAUUUGCUGUCUCUCGUCCAUGUCUGACUCUUAAGAUGAUGGAAGAUGCAGUCCAUUUUCUUAGCAAAGAUACUGUUGUUCAGGCCAUUUCUCGAUCUGCCACUAAGACGAGAAAUGCUUUAUCUGGAACAUAUUCAGCUCCACAAAGGUCGGCUAGCUCAGCAGCUCUUUUGGUUGGAGACCCUGCUGCUACACGUGAUAAGGGAGGAAACUUUGUGCUUCCCAGAGAUGAUGUCAUGAAACUGAGAGAUCGUCUGAGAAAUGAGGAAUUAGUUGCUGGUUCAUUCUUGCGUAGAAUGAGAUACAGAAGGAGAUUUCAGCAUGACCCAUCCACUGAUGUGGAUUACAGAAGAGAAAUGUGUGCUCAUGCACGUAUUUUGGCUUUUGAAGAGGCAAUUGAUACUGAAUGGGUUUACAUGUGGGACAAAUUUGGUGGUUAUUUACUUCUUUUGCUUGGUUUGACUGCCAAGGCAGAAAGAGUACAGGAUGAGGUACGCUUGAAACUUUUCCUUGAUAGCAUAGGGUUUUCAGACUUAAGUGCCAAGAAGAUUAAGAAAUGGAUGCCAGAGGACCGUAGACGGUUUGAAAUCAUUCAGGAGAGUUAUAUUAGAGAAAGGGAGAUGGAAGAGGAAAUCUUAAUGCAGAGACGUGAAGAGGAAGGGAGAGGUAAGGAAAGAAGAAAGGCUCUCCUGGAGAAGGAAGAACGUAAAUGGAAGGAGAUUGAAGCUUCUCUCAUUUCUUCUAUUCCUAAUCCUGGCAACAGGGAGGCAGCAGCCAUGGCAGCUGCUGUACGUGCAGUCGGCGGUGAUUCUGUAUUUGAGGAUUCUUUUGCACGAGAGAGGGUUUCAAGCAUUGCACGUCGGAUACGCACAGCUCAAUUAGCUCGUCGAGCACUUCGGACGGGAAUUUCUGGUGCUGUCUGUGUUCUUGAUGACGAACCAACAACAAGCAGUAGAAAGUGUGGUCAGAUAGAUCCAAGUGUAUGUCAAAGUCAAAAGGUUAGCUUUUCAAUUGCAGUGAUGAUCCACCCAGAGUCUGGGCCAGUUUGUCUCUUAGGCACUGAAUUCCAGAAGAAAGUAUGCUGGGAAAUUCUGGUGGCGGGUUCUGAACAAGGUAUUGAGGCUGGGCAAGUUGGACUUAGAUUGAUUACUAAAGGUGACAGGCAGACAACUGUUGCCAAGGAGUGGAGUAUCAGUGCAACAAGUAUUGCAGAUGGCAGGUGGCAUAUUGUGACAAUGACAAUUGAUGCUGAUAUAGGGGAAGCAACUUGUUAUUUAGAUGGUGGUUUUGAUGGCUACCAGACUGGUUUGCCCUUGUGUGUUGGUAACUGCAUUUGGGAACAAGGCACAGAAGUCUGGAUUGGUGUUAGACCUCCAAUAGAUAUGGAUGCCUUUGGGAGGUCGGAUAGUGAAGGAGCUGACUCUAAGAUGCAUAUAAUGGAUGUUUUUCUAUGGGGAAGGUGCUUGAAUGAAGAUGAGAUAUCUUCUCUUCAUGCUGCUAUAGGCUUAGCUGAUUUCAACAUGACUGAUUUCCCUGAAGAUAAUUGGCAAUGGGCAGAUUCACCCCCUAGAGUUGAUGAGUGGGAUAGUGACCCUGCAGAUGUUGACCUAUAUGAUAGAGAUGAUGUUGAUUGGGAUGGUCAAUACUCAAGUGGGAGGAAAAGGAGGUCUGAACGUGAUGGUGUGGUGGUCCAUGUAGAUUCUUUUGCGAGGAGGUACAACAGGAAACCUAGGAUGGAAACACAAGAGGAAAUCAACCAGCGAAUGCUGUCAGUUGAGUUGGCUCUCAAAGAGGCCAUCUCUGCCCGAUGUGAAACACAUUUUACUGAUAAUGAGUUUCCUCCAAAUGAUCAAUCAUUGUUUAUAGACCCAUCAAAUCCUCCUUCAAAGUUGCAGGUUGUCUCUGAGUGGAAGAGGCCAGCUGAAAUUGUCAAAGAAGGCCAUCUAGAAUCCCACCCAUGCUUAUUUUCUGGGGCUGCAAAUCCAUCUGAUGUUUGUCAGGGUCGGUUAGGUGAUUGUUGGUUUCUAAGUGCCGUUGCUGUUUUGACUGAAGCUUCACGAAUCGCAGAAGUGAUUAUUACUCCAGAAUAUAAUGAGGAAGGAAUAUAUACAGUUCGCUUCUGUAUUCAGGGUGAAUGGGUGCCUGUUGUUGUUGAUGAUUGGAUACCAUGUGAAGCACCUGGUAAACCGGCAUUUGCUACCAGCAAGAAGGGUAAUGAACUUUGGGUGUCUAUAUUGGAGAAGGCAUAUGCCAAGUUGCAUGGUUCGUAUGAGGCAUUAGAAGGUGGGCUUGUUCAGGAUGCUCUUGUGGACCUUACUGGAGGAGCUGGUGAAGAGAUUGACAUGAGGAGUUCCCAGGCACAGAUUGAUCUUGCAAGUGGUAGAUUAUGGUCUCAGUUGUUGCGUUUUAAGCAAGAAGGAUUCCUACUUGGUGCUGGAAGUCCAUCGGGUUCUGAUGCGCAUGUUUCUUCGAGUGGCAUUGUGCAGGGGCAUGCUUACUCAUUACUGCAGGUACGAGAGGUGGAUGGACACAAGCUUGUUCAAAUUCGAAAUCCAUGGGCAAAUGAAGUUGAGUGGAAUGGUCCAUGGUCUGACUCAUCACCUGAAUGGACUGAUAGGAUCAGGCACAAGCUUAAGCAUGUUCCACAGUCAAAAGAUGGUAUAUUCUGGAUGUCUUGGCAAGAUUUUCAGAUCCAGUUUAGGUCAAUCUAUGUAUGUCGUGUCUAUCCUCCUGAGAUGCGACAUUCUGUCCAUGGCCAAUGGCGGGGUUACAGUGCUGGUGGCUGUCAAGACUACAAUUCAUGGCAUCAAAAUCCCCAGUUCAGAUUGAGGGCAACCGGUCCAGAUGCAUCAUUUCCAAUCCAUGUGUUCAUCACCUUAACUCAGGGUGUGAGCUUCUCAAGAACAGCAGCUGGUUUCAGAAAUUAUCAAUCUAGUCAUGAUUCAAUGAUGUUCUACAUUGGGAUGAGGAUACUCAAAACUCGUGGUCGUCGGGCUGCUUAUAACAUUUACCUUCACGAGUCAGUUGGUGGAACAGAUUAUGUCAAUUCUCGAGAAAUAUCAUGUGAAAUGGUUUUGGAUCCUGAUCCAAAGGGUUACACGAUAGUGCCUACAACCAUACAUCCUGGGGAAGAAGCACCCUUUGUUCUUUCUGUUUUCACCAAAGCAUCCAUAGUCUUGGAACCUUUGUAGUUUCUGGUGGUGGCUUCUUCAGUCAGGCUAAUGCAUGCUGGCAAAAUCUUGAGGUACUUGGGUUGUUCAUGGAUGAUGUGUGCAGACAGGCAAAUCUGGAAGUCUCACCAAAGAUUAACUAGGUAAUGAACAACAUCCUUCUCUGAUCAUAGGCAUCAUCAAGGACAUAAUAGUUUGUAAGUGUCAAGCUGCUUAUGGGACUGAUUUGCUGUCUGUCUUGGUUUGAGCUUUGAGGAUGGCCUGCAGUUUGGCUAUUUAUUUCAUUACUGCAAUCCUAAUUUCUGAUUCCAUUGCAUGCUUAAACGGUAGAAGAUAUCAUUCCCAAAAAUAGCUGGAAUGCAUUCAUUCCGAGUCGAGAAAAGAUCAGCUAGACUGCGGAGGUUCCUUCAGCCUGUUCGCUACUCAGCACCUGCAUCUGCUGAGGGGUCGUCAAGGUGAUCAAGUGUACAUUUGUAGGUAAUGUAAGCAGUAUAGUCCCAAUCAUGUAAAUGAAGAAAGAGAGAGAGAGAGAGAGAGAGAGAGAGAGAGAGAGAAAUAGGAAAGAAAUAGGCAAAUAGUUACUAACUGCUGUGGGAACAUAGAGGCAGAUUGCAGCAGCGAAAGAUUGACAGUUUGAGCUGCAGUUUUUGAAAUGUUUUUGUAUAAACAUUCCUUUGUCAA